AUGCUUGAAAAGAGUAUAAAUGGAACUACACAAGUUUAUUCCACUGGUUUACGAAGAAUAAUGUCAGCUAGUUUCAUAAUCCUGUUUGUUGUACUUAUAUGCUUCACAGAAUGGUCACUUGAGACAGUGGUAGAUACUACUGAGUCUCACAUCAAUUCGACUGAAUCACAAUCCACUUUGUUGCAGGCACCCCUGCAAUCAUCAGACUGUUUACGGCUGUUUGCUCCACUCUUAGGACGCUAUUAUUGGAUUGAUCUUUGCGACAGUAAUAGUUAUAUUGACCCAUAUUUUAUGUAUUAUACAAAUGUGAUUUGUUCACAUCGAAGUUUUCUGACGACGAGGUACUGGAUCGUGUAUUCGCGACACGGAUUCCGCGGUCAAUAUAUUAUAAUUCCACCUGGUGCAUGUGUUCGUGAUUUAAGGGAAAAAGGAUUAUGGCCGCGAAUAACAUGGUUGCCGAAUAAUCAAUUUCCACAAGGCAUACCUCCAUUUCGACCACAACCGAUUCAAGUUCCAAAUGAAGGUUUCCGGCCAAUAAAUUAUCGUGAUGAAUCGAAUGAAAAUACGACAACUGAAGUGCAUUUAGCUUAG